AUGAUUGGAAUUUGGUCAUGUGGCAACUCGACCAUGAAGGGCAUAGGUACUUGGUCAGUUCAUAUUGUCUUCUCCAUAUCUCGUCCAGCACUUGGCCUGUGUGGUGUCAUUGAUUUUGUGUCAUUGUCGAAGGAUCACCAUGAAGGACGCACUGUGGGUUACUCUUGGCCUGACGUGGCUGCUGGGGACGCCGGUAGCAGGACUCUUGCUGGCCAUGCCCCGCCGAAGCCGAAUGACAAAAGCGAAUCGUUCUGCGAGUGCGUCAAGGAGAAUGGGCGGAGUGGCCCCAUUGUCAAAAUUACCUGUAAUUUCAAUAGAGAUCAAGACGUGCUCCUGACGAGAGCCCUCUACCCCUUCCACGCCUCCCGCGUCGUCAGCGCCUACGUGAGGGUGGCUGACGCUAAGAGUGUCCAUGUAACAAGGAGCUUCCUGGAGGAGUGGCAGAGUGUGCCAGCCACCGCCCUGGACCUGUGGAGAGCCGGCACCCUCAACUUCGACGUCCUCUACGAGUACGGCAACCUGCACGCUUACUCCCCGUACAGGACGUCUGUCGGAAUCGGAAUCGUCGACUGUUACGUCCCCGAAAUUCCCGCCAAAUUCAUGCGCGACCGAGACCGGGGCGGGCUCCUCAUCAGGAACAGCCGAGUCGACGUUUUCCGCGAAGGGGCUUUCUUUAAUAUCAAACAGAUGCGAUACUGGUGAUCGAGGACUCAGCCGUCAGCGUGGUGGAGGGACCGGUCUCUGCCAGCGGCGUGGUCACCCUAAGUCAGCGCUCCCUCCACAGCUGGGUUGGGUUCCGCAUGCACAAGGUCCUGGUGAAUUCGUUGGGCGCCGGGGCUUUCAAUAUCACG